GAACUCGACUAUAGCAUUAUCUCUUGUUCAUAUAUGUACAUAUGUAGAAUGUUGAAGUGGAAGCGGCGCUUUUUGAAUGCUUCUAAUAGAAUCUGUUCUUUUUAUGUUCAGACAACGGUCGCACUAACAUGGCUGAAGAAAAUCAAGCUGUCGACAAUGGACUGCCCUGCAACGCUUACCUGGACACAAGACUGCAGGAGGACGAAAGCAUUCAACGCAUCCUGAAAACCUUCUACAGCAGCAUCGAACUCCUGGAAGCCGAUACGGAGGCACUGGCUCUACAGGCGGAACGCACAGUGAACACAAAUGAUCAAAUUAAAUUGGAUAGUUACCUGGUAUACUUGAACAGCACACUGUUUUUCAUAUACCUGAAACUGCAGGGUGAAGAUGUCUCAAAUCAUGCUGUGAUGCACGAUUUGCGUCGUGCAAGGGACCUACUUGCCCGCGAUAAGGAAAUAAACGAAGCUCUGGCGGCGCCAAGACUGGAUAUGCCCCCUGCCAAGCGAUUUAUCGCAGCUGGAACCCACACACGAUUUGUGGACAUGAACGGAGUUAUGGUCACCGUAAAACAAUAUAUUAAAAGCAACGAAGCAGCUCCCAAAUAAUUUAUAUCACCAAGUCUUCAUUCGAUAGUAGUAUUUAAAAAUGUAUAGAAAACACGAUAUUUCCUCACUGACAUCAAAAAAUCAGCCACAAGCAUUCGACUCAUCGCAAAAGUCAAAAAAGUUAAUGAAACUAGAUUUACAAGCUGGAAUCGUUUGCCUACCAAUUAGUUUUUUAAGUGAAUAUCAACAACGUUCUACAUAUAAUAAAUUAAUUUGAAAACGAAAAAAAUUAAAUCAGAA